GCACCAGAGAAAGUCUGAUUAAAUAGUUAUUAUAUCAUUUUCAUUGUUUAUUUUUUAUUUUCAUAAAAUAGAAAUCUUUGCAGGUCAUUUACAUAAAAUUAGUCUGCGUAUGUGGGUCAUUAAAAUAAAAUUUCUAUUAUAUCUUAAAAGCGCAAACGUUGAGUCAAUCGAAUAUGGGUCUUCAGCUCAGCCCAAUGUUCAGGUCAGAAUAUAAGCAUUUAGAUUUUUGUGGAGAAAGGGUUUAUUCAUGUCUCAUCUAAAUUUCAAAGCUAUUGUUCUUUUUAUUAUUAAUAUUGGCUGCAUCAGUAAUAGAUAUGAGAAGAUGUGUUCCCUCUUUGUCCUGUAUUCCAGCAGCCCCAGGCUCACAGAACACACACAGGGCACUCCAUAAUUAUUGACAGGUUUGAUGUACUCAGUGAGUGGAAAGUAUGGGGAAAUUGGAGGUUCGCUUGCUUGCCCCAGGCCCAGCACUGCAAUGGAAACAUUAACAACAGCGGUCACGUCACCCACCCGCUGCCUCUCUGACUCCCGCCUGCUUGUUUAUUGCCAUCGCUUACAUUUUAUUUCAUGUUAAAUAGAUGCAAGAGGACUCACGUGUUUGUAUUAUUAUUAUUAUUUCUGGUACAUCUGAGAAUAACAUAACUGCAUUACCAGUGCCUCCAGCACGGGGAUAUAAACAGUAAAUUAUUACUGCCUUGUGGGACAGCAUUGUGUAGUAGGGCAGCCAGUCCAGUUAGACGCUUAGUAGGUCAGCACAGGGUGUCUCUACUCUUUUACCACUCGGCUGGGACCAGACCAAGAGGAUCCCUGCUCCAACAUGUCUCUCAGGCUGCUACCGGCUAUCAUGAUGGACAAUGACGAGGACGACGACAGUAAUUUCACCAAAUGGAUGAGUAGCUACUGGGGUCACGGAGUAGACGCCGGUCACUCCAGAGACAGAAAGCGCAGUUUCAGGAGGCCUUCGAAUACGCACUGUGAUCGAAGAGCGUCGCUCCCCACGGCGUCACAACUGGAUGCCAUGAAGCUGAACAGGUUCCACGGCGUGGCCUCCACUCACAUCAAGGCACGGGAGGAGAAGGGGGAGGUCUGGCCCCACCAGAAAGCGCGGCGCGCGUCUUCGGACGACAACAGCCGCGCCAAUUCAGCCAUCCCUGAGAACCGCAUCAGCACCAUCCCAGAGCUCACAGAGUCGUUUGGAAAACUCCUUUACCUCCGUGAGAAGAGGACCAUGUCUCUGAAUGGUGACAACAAGUUGUGCCUGAUCAGUAAUGAGAACGUGCGUAAGAGCGGAGGGGGCGUUCACGAGCUGCACUGCACGCAUCAUUUCCACAAAGAGAAGGCGGCGUGCAGGCUGGAGCAGAGCCGGCCCCGCAGCAGCAGCGAGGCUGCGGCCUGGCAGGUCAGAAGGCCCUCAGACGAGAGGAGGAGGUCUGCAGACGGGCCCAUCUGCACGGAGAAGGAGCAGCACGCGCCCCGUCGGCAGCUCUCCCUGAGGAGGCAUCGCUGAUAUCAGUCUGGGGAAGAGGAGUUGCAGGUGUAGGUUUGAAUCGGGAUUUCCUCACGUGCUGUAAUGAGCAUGAUUUAAGGUCUGGUGCGUGAUCUGAGAAAAGCCUCAAAUAUAUGGGGAGUGUUUAUAUAAUAUAUAAAAGAAAAAUAAUUAUUAUAUAUAUAUAUAUAUAUAAUAAAGACAACUAAUGUAGGCGUUUAUGGUACUGGUGCUUGAAUGAAUUUGCGUUGUUGUGCUGACAUUUUUAAAAUAUUUGUUACUGUGAAACUAAUAAAGAAUAUAUGUGAGCAUAUCUGUAUAGUACCUCUUUUAUUAAUAAUAAUUGUAAUGAUGGUUGUGUUAAAAUGUGCAAAUACUAGAGGUCACUGUCCUGGUAAUAAUUAAGUAACUAAGUAUAUAUAUAUACAAUUUGGAAAAACUUAUCAAGUUAUAUACAAUAUAUUUUUGCCUUUAUCUAUACAAUUAUAUAGUAUGCUUCUGGAUGUGUAGCUGCUCUAAUCUGACAGUAAGUUUUGAACCUGCAUUAGUAUUCAAAAAUCUGAAUAGUAAAAAGUGAACUGUAACAACGUGUC